UGUUGGGUAUCUGAUGAGUAUUUGUUAAAAUGGCGGAUAGUGCAGAUGGCUCGAACACUGUGUCUUCUAGGAAAGACGUGAGAAUUAACGUAACUGAUACUCCAGUUACUGAUCCAGCAUCUGUAAAUAAGAGCCUAGAGGCAUCAAAAAAUGCCUUUCACGGCCCGAGAACAAAAUUAGAAUCAAAAUCAGGAGCUUUGAAAAAAUCCAGCCGUUACCGUAGCCGUUCUUUAUCAGCAAGCAGCAAUGACAGUUAUUCUUCUGCGUCUUAUACAGGAAGCUCAUCUGAUGAAGAUGAUGUAUCACCACGGGAGAAAAUCCAAAAAACGGAAAAAGGCUUUACAGAUUUUUGUGUAAGGAAUAUUAACCAACAUGCUUUUGGGAGAAGAGAAAUCGAGAUUGCAGAGCAAGAAAUGCCUGGCAUUAUGGCAUUGCGAAAACGUGCUGCGGAUGACAAGCCAUUAAAAAAUGCAAAAAUAGUUGGAUGUACUCAUAUAAACGCACAAACUGCAGUCCUGAUUGAAACUCUAGUUGAACUAGGAGCACAAGUACGAUGGGCUGCGUGUAAUAUUUAUUCAACUCAAAAUGAAGUAGCUGCGGCUUUAGCUCAUGCUGGUUAUCCAGUAUUCGCUUGGCGUGGAGAAACUGAGGAAGAUUUUUGGUGGUGUAUUGAUAAAUGCGUAUGUGCCGAAAACUGGCAACCUAAUAUGAUUCUAGAUGAUGGUGGUGAUGCUACCCAUCUUAUGCUCAAGAAAUAUAAUUCAAUGUUCAAAUCAAUUCAAGGUAUUGUCGAAGAAAGUGUUACAGGUGUUCAUAGACUAUAUCAGUUAUCAAAAGCUGGAAAACUUUCAGUGCCAGCAAUGAAUGUAAAUGAUAGUGUAACAAAAACCAAGUUUGACAAUCUCUAUAGCUGCCGCGAAAGUAUUAUUGAUAGUUUAAGACGAUCAACUGAUGUCAUGUUCGGAGGAAAGCAAGUAGUAAUCUGUGGCUAUGGUGAAGUAGGUAAAGGGUGCUGUCAAGCUCUUAAAGGUUUAGGAUGUAUUGUGUACAUAACUGAAAUUGAUCCAAUUUGUGCUUUACAAGCUAGCAUGGAUGGUUUUCGGGUCAUUAAAUUAAAUGAAAUAAUUAGAAAUAUCGAUAUUGUCAUAACUGCAACAGGGAAUAAAAAUGUUGUGACACGCGAACAUAUGGACAAAAUGAAAAACGGAUGCGUUGUGUGUAAUAUGGGUCAUAGUAACACCGAAAUAGAUGUUAAUAGUUUACGAACACCUGAUUUAACCUGGGAGAAAGUACGAUCUCAAGUGGAUCAUGUAAUAUGGCCUGACGGAAAACGAAUCGUACUUUUAGCAGAAGGAAGAUUGGUAAACUUGUCUUGUUCAAGUAUUCCAUCAUUUGUUGUAUCUAUCACUGCUGCUACUCAAGCUUUAGCUCUCAUUGAGCUCUAUAAUGCACCCGCUGGUCGUUAUAAGAGUGACGUAUAUUUACUGCCUAAGAAAAUGGAUGAAUAUGUAGCAUCAUUACAUCUACCUACAUUCGAUGCGCAUUUAACUGAACUUACUGAUGAACAAGCUAAAUAUAUGGGUCUUAAUAAGGCUGGACCAUUUAAACCUAAUUAUUAUCGAUAUUAAAAAUUUUAACUUACCGUUUAAAUAUUAAGUGCGAUUUGUGUGACGAAGAUCAAUUAUACUGAUGAAAUUAUAGUUUAUAAAAAUAAUCAUGUUAAUGAAUAAGAUUUAUCAAAAGGAAUUUAUGUACUAAUUUAACGCAUUGUUCAACUCAUAAUUAUUAUUAAAAGUGCCAUCAUAUUGCGUUGAACCAAUAAUGAAUUAUAUCUACAAGUAAUUAAUUAUCAAUUUCGAGUAAAUUGUUUUUAUAACAAACUUCUUAAAAUCAUUUUUAUUUCCUCAAUUAAUUGAAUAUUAGAUCAAUAUCGAAAACAUAAUCAUGUUGAAAAAAUUACUUCAUGCUUUCAAUUAUAAAUGAAAAAGUAAAUAUUAUUUACAAAAUGAAGCGCAGAUAAACUCCAAUCAAAAGUAUUAACUUAUUAAAGGAUUAUUAUCAGCAAUAGAUUUUUUAACGGAAACAAAUAGUUUUCAUGUUAUUAUCACAUUAUAUUAUUGAUUUAUCCAUGGUCAUUGUAGAUUAAACUUUCACUUAAAUCAUUAUUUAUGAUGAUAAUUCUGAAAUGGUGUUUAUUAAAUGUAAAAAUAAAACAAAUAAGCCUUAGUCGUGACUGAAUAAUGUCUUGAAAAUUAUAAUUCAUUAUUAUGAAUGAAUUAUUCUAUUGAAUAGAUUAAUAUAAUAAAGAAUAAAUGGAUACAAUGCUGAUCACGUAAUUUUUAUUUUGAUGCACAGAUUAAUUAUCUGUAAAGUGUAUUAUUAUUAUCGCGUAAAAGCUAAUUGAUGCAAUUUUUUUAAUCAUUAUUGGCCUAAAUGCGAAUUACUAACACGAAAAACAUCGAACUCGAUAUAAAAGUUAAUUGAUAGACGCAUCAAAUUUUGUUCAAUAAUGACAAAUUGUAUUGACGUAAGAAAUGAGGAAUUUAAGACGAUUGUGGGAGACAGUUUUAUUUUUGGAGCCACUAACAUUUAAUUAUGCCGUUGUAAAGUAUUUUGAAAAAAUAUAUUACUGUACUUAAUGUGUAUAAAACUUUUAUGAUACUACAUGAAAAAUUGAAGAUAUUUAAAUGAAUAAAAAAAAUUAUUCACAAAUUGUAAGUAAAAAAAAAACUGUAAAAUACACUCACAAUUAAAGUACAGCAAGAAUUGUAUCAUUUCGAUUGAAAUUAUAUAGUGCUGCUGUAAUUAUAUUGAUAAAUUUCUUGAAUUGUAUACUUUGAAAUAAGAUAAAAAUGUUUUAUCAGAUAUUGAAAAUAUUUUUGUAAU